GAGGAAGAAGCAGUCGCAGUUGGCACAAUCCGCGCCAAGCGCGUGUUCGUAUUCGCCUGAAUACCGCAUCACACACACGCUCCUCCAACUGUUGACAAGAUGGCGUCCAAGGGGCGAUUGGCGGUCGAGGAGCAUGGCCGUUCAGACUCUUACAGAGUUGCAACUCUGCCAAAUGUUCGGGACGACAACAAAACCGCUGACGGAAUGUACAAGUCGCGGCGGAAGAACCCAAAGCGGAAGGGGGACAAUUUGGACGAUCUGAAACAAGAGUUGGACAUUGAUUUUCAUAAAAUCACACCGGAGGAAUUAUACCAGAGAUUUAGCACGCACCCCGAAAACGGCCUCAGCCACGCAAAGGCGAAGGAGAACUUGGAAAGGGAUGGACCGAACUCGUUGACGCCGCCUAAGCAGACGCCAGAGUGGGUCAAGUUCUGCAAAAACUUGUUCGGUGGUUUCGCGUUGCUGUUGUGGAUCGGAGCGUUUUUGUGCUUCAUCGCCUAUUCGAUCCAGGCGUCGACAGUGGAGGACCCGAACGACGACAACCUGUACCUGGGAAUAGUCCUUGCGGCGGUGGUGAUAGUGACCGGAAUAUUCUCGUACUACCAGGAAAGCAAGUCGAGCAAGAUCAUGGAGUCGUUCAAGAACAUGGUGCCACAGUUCGCGACCGUUCUUCGAGAGGGUGAGAAGCUGACGCUACGCGCGGAGGACUUGGUGCUGGGUGACGUCGUCGAGGUGAAAUUCGGAGACCGGAUCCCGGCUGACAUCCGCAUCAUCGAGUCACGGGGCUUCAAGGUCGAUAACAGCUCGCUGACGGGUGAGUCCGAACCGCAAUCCCGGUCCCCGGAGUUCACGAACGAGAAUCCACUCGAGACUAAGAACCUGGCCUUCUUCUCAACGAACGCCGUCGAGGGCACGGCUAAGGGGGUCGUCAUCUGUUGCGGGGACCAGACGGUGAUGGGUCGCAUAGCUGGACUCGCGUCCGGACUUGACACCGGAGAAACGCCGAUCGCGAAGGAGAUCCACCACUUCAUUCAUCUGAUUACCGGCGUCGCCGUCUUCCUGGGUGUCACCUUCUUCGUGAUCGCCUUCAUCCUCGGCUACCACUGGCUCGACGCCGUCAUCUUCCUCAUCGGUAUCAUCGUCGCAAACGUCCCGGAGGGCCUGCUGGCCACCGUUACGGUCUGCCUGACGCUCACGGCGAAGCGAAUGGCCUCGAAGAACUGCCUGGUGAAGAACCUCGAGGCCGUAGAGACUCUGGGAUCGACGUCGACCAUCUGCUCGGACAAGACCGGGACCCUGACCCAGAACCGGAUGACCGUUGCUCACAUGUGGUUCGACAACCAGAUCAUCGAAGCUGACACAACCGAGGACCAGUCCGGUGUACAGUACGACAGAACAAGCCCCGGCUUCAAGGCACUUGCCAAGAUAGCAGCGCUCUGUAAUCGUGCCGAGUUCAAAGGUGGCCAAGACAACUUGUCGAUACUGAAGAAGGAGGUUAACGGCGACGCGUCCGAAGCCGCGCUUCUAAAGUGCAUGGAACUCGCCCUCGGCGACGUGAUGGGCGUCAGGAAACGCAACAAGAAGGUCUGCGAGAUACCCUUCAACUCCACCAACAAGUACCAGGUAUCCAUACACGAGUCUGACGACCCCAACGACCCCCGACAUCUCCUCGUUAUGAAGGGAGCACCGGAGAGGAUCCUCGACCGCUGCAGCACCAUAUUCAUUGGCGGAAAGGAGAAGGUACUGGACGAAGAGAUGAAGGAGGCGUUUAACAACGCGUAUCUCGAACUGGGCGGACUCGGCGAACGUGUUCUUGGUUUCUGCGACUUUGUUCUACCCUCUGACAAGUUUCCACUUGGUUACAAAUUCAACUGCGACGACCCCAACUUCCCCGUAGAGGGACUCCGCUUUGUGGGACUCAUGUCCAUGAUCGAUCCGCCCAGGGCUGCGGUGCCGGAUGCUGUUGCCAAGUGCCGCUCGGCCGGUAUCAAGGUCAUCAUGGUCACUGGUGACCAUCCUAUCACUGCCAAAGCCAUUGCCAAAUCUGUUGGUAUUAUUUCUGAAGGAAACGAGACGAUCGAGGAUAUCGCACAGCGUUUGAACAUACCGGUAGCCGAAGUCAAUCCACGAGAGGCUAAAGCGGCUGUAAUCCACGGUUCGGAACUGAGGGAAUUGGACUCCGAUCAUCUGGACGAAAUAUUGCGAUACCACACUGAAAUUGUCUUCGCACGUACAUCGCCGCAACAGAAGCUGAUCAUCGUUGAAGGUUGCCAAAGGAUGGGAGCCAUUGUAGCCGUAACAGGCGACGGUGUUAACGACUCUCCGGCGCUGAAGAAGGCCGACAUUGGAGUCGCGAUGGGCAUCGCAGGUUCCGACGUAUCGAAGCAAGCCGCUGACAUGAUUCUGCUCGACGACAACUUCGCCUCGAUCGUCACGGGGGUCGAGGAGGGUCGACUGAUUUUCGACAACUUGAAAAAAUCCAUCGCUUACACCCUCACCUCGAACAUUCCCGAGAUCUCACCCUUCCUCGCUUUCAUUCUCUGCGAUAUUCCGCUGCCCCUUGGAACCGUGACCAUCCUCUGCAUCGACUUGGGAACCGACAUGAUUCCGGCAAUCUCGUUGGCGUACGAGCAUUCGGAGUCUGAUAUAAUGAAGAGGAGGCCCCGAAACCCGUUGUGCGACAACCUCGUUAACGAAAGGCUGAUCUCAAUGGCUUACGGACAGAUCGGUAUGAUCCAAGCUGCCGCCGGUUUCUUCGUUUACUUCGUAAUUAUGGCUGAGAACGGAUUCCUACCCACGAAAUUAUUCGGUAUCAGGAAACAGUGGGACUCUAAGGCUAUCAACGAUCUCACGGACAGCUACGGCCAAGAAUGGACAUUCCGAGACCGAAAGACGUUGGAAUUCACGUGCCACACGGCGUUCUUCGUGUCGAUCGUGAUCGUACAGUGGGCCGAUCUUAUCGUCUGUAAGACACGCAGGAACUCGAUAAUACACCAGGGGAUGAGAAAUUGGGCCUUGAAUUUCGGCCUCGUAUUCGAAACAGCCCUCGCGGCUUUCCUCAGCUACACGCCAGGAAUGGACAAGGGACUUCGCAUGUUCCCACUCAAAUUCGUGUGGUGGUUACCGGCGAUACCGUUCAUGAUUUCGAUUUUCGUAUACGACGAGGUGAGACGAUUCUACCUCCGCCGGAACCCUGGAGGCUGGCUCGAACAAGAAACUUAUUACUAAACGAUCUAUAUACAUAUAAAUUAUAUAUAUAUAUAUAUAUAGUCAACAGUAAAAAUGCUGAUUUCAUUACACACGCGUUAGCAUUUGCAGAAAAAUAUGAGGAAGAUUACCGAUGAGGAUGAAAAAUAAAAAUAAUAAGAAAUAAAGUACACCGCGAAAAUUGA